UUAUCUAGGGUUGUCGUAACCUAAAAACCGAAGAAUUGUAAACUAUGUGCCUGGUAAUUUUGCACUUUUUGAAAUAAAACGCACGUUCUUUGCACAAGUUUUCGUAUAACGUUUCUGUGAUUUACACAAAGUUCUAGUAUCUUUGUGUGUGUUAAUCAGUAGUUUGAGAAUGAAGGAUUCCCCCUUGAUUUGCCUUCCGGGUCAGAGACUGUGCCUUUGCGACAAAGUACACACAUCUGGACAAGGUACAUACGAACGCCAAGGCUACAUAUACUCCCAACUAGCUGGUUACGUAGACAUUGUCGAAAAAGACGGAUUGAAGGUAAUUGAAGUUCACAGCAAGGGCGAACAAACGGUGGUACCUGGACAGGGGGACAUAGUUACCGCACAAGUGAACAUAAUAACCCACCAGUACUGCAAAUGCUUCAUAAAGUGUGUGGGAAACACCGUCCUGCGACGACCAUUCAGAGCCGUCAUACGUAGGGAAGACGUUAGGGCGACUGACAAAGACAAAGUCGAGAUAUAUAAGAGCUUCAGGCCGGGCGAUAUAAUACUAGCUAGGGUGUUGCCUAUCACCGAGGCCCAUACUUACCAGCUGACGACCGCGGAAAACGAGCUAGGUGUUGUAAUAGCGCAUUCGGAACACGGGCAUCGAAUGGUACCUAUAAGUUGGACCGAGAUGCAGUGUCCUAAGACUUUCGUUAAGGAACUGAGGAAGGUUGCAAAAGUUGUGCCUGAAAAUGUAAAUCAGAAUUUGUUAAAAGCGAAGCCUGAGUGAAAUUUAAUAUAUUUAAUAAAAACUUGGCAUUUUCUACUAAAUGAUUU